AUGAGACCGAGUUUUGUUCCGGAAGGUGGUUCUACGUUCACCAAGAAAGAGGCAAAGGCUAUAACACAGGUGUGGCACAAGAAUGGAGUGUGUCCAGAUAACACUGUUCCUAUAAGAAGAACAAAGAAGGAAGAUAUCUUACGAUCAAAAUCCAUUGAGAGUUUCGGGAAAAAGAGACAUAAGAGUUUCGGGAAAGGGACUCAUCAGAGCAACCCUGGAGAAGGCCAUGAGUACGCGAUCAUGAACUCGAGGAAGGGAAAUUAUUACGGGACAAAGUUUGUAAUAAAUAUGUGGAGACCAGAAGUUGAAGUUCCCAACGAGUUCAGCUUGGCUCAGACUUGGCUUGCGUCUGGAGAUGGCUAUGAUACUAACACAAUUGAAGCUGGUUUGCAGGUUUGUCCAGUAUUGUAUGGUGACAACAAUCUUAGAUUGUUUGUUUACUGGACGAGCGAUUAUUACCAAAGUACAGGCUGCUACAACACUGGCUGUUCAGGUUUUGUUCAGACGAGCAAAGUGAUAACUCCAGGUGGAUCCUUCGCUCAGGUCUCACAAUAUGACGGAGCUCAGUACGGCCUCCCCAUGCUUAUAUGGAAGUCCAGCGGAAACUGGUGGCUAAUGAUCGGUGAAGAGUAUGUCGGGUACUGGCCUGGCAAUAUAUUCACUUCUCUGGGAGAUCGAGCUACGACAGUUCAAUGGGGAGGUGAAAUUGUAAACCAAAGGACCGAUGGGAGACACACAAACACCGACAUGGGAAGUGGCCAUUUCGCAGACGAAUGGUAUAAGAAAGCGAGUUAUUUCAGGAAACUAGAGACAGUUGAUGGAGCAAAUACUCUGAGAGAACCACAAGGACUUUAUCCCUAUGCAAGUAACGGUAACUGUUAUAACAUUAAAGCAGGAGGUACUGGUAGUUCUUAUUGGGGGCAUCAUUUCUUCUAUGGGGGUCCUGGUCGAAACGCUAAUUGUCGUUGA